AUGGACAACAGCAGUGAAGUGGUGGUCUGGGAGAAGUUAAAUGACGCUAGUUAUGUCUCAAUAGGAGUGUAUCUUAUCACUCUGGCCCCAACAGCCAUUUUUGGAAACUGCCUCGUUCUUUUUGUAUUCUGGCGGAAGAGUUUGUACAAGAGACCGGUAAACUGGUUUAUUGUCAACCUAGCGGUGGCGGAUCUAAUAGUGUCCCUUUUUGCACAUCCAAUGUCAGCGACCACCGCCUUUACCAAGAGAUGGAAUCUUGACGUAGUAGGUUGUCAAGUGUACGCCUUCAUCAGUUAUACAGGUGCUUGUAACAACAUCAUGACCUACGCUGCUAUUAGCUAUUUCCGAUGUCAAAUUGUCUGCAAAAACAGAUACAUAGCUCGAGUUAAAUGUGGGCGGGUCCUUGUCACGUUGGUGGCGAUCUGGACCUUCAGUUUGUUUUGGACUAUUUCCCCGCUCCUGGGUUGGAACACUUAUGAACUAGAGCCGUACAGUAUAACCUGUAGUAUCCGUUGGACGGGGCAUUCUCUGGGGGAUAAGUCCUAUGUCUGGUUGUGUCUCCUGUUUGUCUUUAUAUUCCCGCUGUCUGUCAUGAUCUUCUCCUACAGUAAAAUUGCCAAUCAUGCACGGCGGCUCUCGUUAACCACACAACCAAGCGAAAUCGAGAACAAGUCGAAGUUUCUGUACAACUUGGAGCGCGGGGCAACAAGGAUUUCCCUUAUGAUGACAAUGACAUUCGUAUUUACAUGGACGCCAUACGCCAUUUUAUCCACAGUAGCCGCAGCUGGCAUCAACAUCACAUCUCCUGUCGUUUUACUACCUACACUUUUCGCUAAAUCAUCUUGUGCUUACAACCCAUUUAUGUUCUUUCUAAGCCACAAUACAUUCAAAUCAUUCAAAUGGGGUUUCGCUUCGUGCACUAAAAACAAUGCAGAGGAUUCUGGGAAAUUGUACGUGAACAAGGUUAAAUUUAACAAUCGAGUGGAACCGUCUGAGUUACCCAGGUGUUCCACAGGUGAGAGGAAUGUACCACAGACUAUAAAGCAACACCACAGCACAGGCGUAACACUAACAAUUUCUGAUGUUGAAGAAACUGGUAUAUAACGUAAAUCAGCACAUGUGUUUCAAAUUAAUCAAGUAAGG